CGUGAGGCCAUCUUGGCUUCUGUGGGGCUGCCCGUAGAGGAACGAUGACAGAUUCAGGGACAUCUGUUCAUAUACCGGGGGUUCUUCUGUCUCUGCUGCAACAUGAAAUGCUCAAUUCAUCUACGCAGGGAAAUGUGGAAGGAGUUCUGUUUGGAACUGUUCGCAGAACUACCCGUGCCAAGACAACGGACCUAGCAAGCGACGACUCGCAGGAGGAGACGCAAAUCAUUUUAUCCUCGUUCGAACGAAUUGACCCAGAAAACCGUUUGUAUACAUCGGCAGGAGAGAUUCUUUCGCAUCGCUUGGCACGGGUAACGUGCCAAAAAUCGAGUUCUAUUAUUGGCAUGUUCAAGUGGCGGCGUAAUACAAAACUUGCCAUGUCCCUAAGAGAAGCAGCGGUAUACCAUUCUCUGUGUGCAGUCUCCCCGAAUCAGCAUCAAAUCUUUGGCAUAUUCACUUCAUCUAAUGAUGAUCCUGCUACGUUAACUUUGGACUUCGCGUUCUUCCACUGUCAGCCCGGGUCGAGUGAAUUCUGCAGGCUUCCUGUGGUCAUUUCCAAUAUGGUUGAAAGCUCCCAAAUUCAGCACGAAUGGUUUAUCCCAAACGCAUCUCCAACAGCGUGUUUCCCAAAUAAUCCUCUGACGUCCCGCCUGCGAAGUGUAAGCCAGCACUAUGUGGAUGACCAUCUGCAUGUUGUUGAGCAAUCUCUUCAAAUCUUGAAGCACGCGGCAGCACGGCUGUUGGAGAGCGAAGGGCAGCUGGCCGGGCUAAGAGAAGCAAAGGUUUCAAAGGCGCGUGGACACACCGCCACUCAGGCUCACAGUGGAUCGCUGAUUAACCUGUUGGAGUAAAGCGUCAUCAAACCCGUAAGAACAAAUUGUAGUCUCAAGAAAAGGAAGUUCGCCCAUAGCAGCAUCCUGUUGAUCAGGCCAGUUUGCUACUGUCCGUCGACGUUAGAGAAAGAGGCAUCUAUUCAUUACAUAUAAUAACAAUUUUAAGCUAUCCUGCCA